UCUCCUGCCCCGCCCCGACAGCUAAAUAUAAUACUCUCCUGCAAGCGAUUCUGACUCCUGUCUCGACUUCACUCCGUGCUCGCGCCCGCUGGUGAACCAAGGAGAAGAGAGAAUUUAACGAAUAUUCUACCAGGGCAAGCAUGUCUGCCGAGACGGGGUUCACGUACUUGCUGACAGGAGGCUGCGGGUUUCUUGGCCGGCACCUGCUGCAGGUCUUGCUGGAGAAAGAAGACGGACUGACUGAGGUUAGACUUUUCGACAAACACAUCGACCCUAGCCUACAGGAUCACAGCACGGAUCGGGUAAAGGUGAUGGUGACACAGGGGGAUGUCACGGAUUACCCCUCGGUGUUAGAGGCAACCAGAGGGGCAGACGUGGUCGUCCAUAUGGCCAGCCUGGUGGACGUUUGGCACCGGGUCCCAGAAGAGAUCAUCCAAAAUGUCAACGUCCAAGGUACUGUAAAUGUGAUUAAUGCAUGCGUGGAAAAUGGAGUACAGUACCUGGUGUACACAAGCAGUAUGGAAGUGGUGGGACCAAACGUCAGAGGAGAUCCCUUCAUCAGAGGGGACGAGGAAACGCCGUAUAAUGUGCGCCAUGAGAUGCCGUACCCCAGGAGCAAGGCAGAGGCAGAGAAACUGGUGCUGGAGGCUAACGGCAGGAAGGUGAGCGGAGGGGCGUGCCUGUACACCUGCUCCCUGCGGCCCACGGGCAUAUACGGCGAGCACCACCAGCUGAUGCGGGACUUCUACGAGACGGGGGUGCGCACGGGGGGGUGGGUGAUCCGGGGCGUGCCCCGGGACACGGAGCACGGCCGCGUCUACGCAGGUAAUGUAGCCUGGAUGCACCUGCUAGCAGCUCGUGCCCUGAGAGAGCGCCCCAACAAGCUGGGAGGGGAAGUGUACUUCUGCUACGACGAAUCUCCCUACAAGAGCUACGAGGACUUCAACUUGGAGUUCCUGUCGCAGUUCAACUUCCGGGAGGUGCGAGUGCCCCGGUGGGUGCUGUCGGCAGUGGCCGGCCUGAACGACCUGCUGCACUGGCUCCUGAAGCCCCUGUGCAGCUACACGCCGCUGCUCAACCGCUACACGCUGGCCGUGGCCUCCACCUCCUUCACCGUGCGCUCCGACAAGGCCGAGCGCCACUUCGACUACCAGCCCCUCUACAGCUGGGAGGAGGCCAAAGCCCGCACCCUCACCUGGGUGGACACGUUUCCGCACAGCACCAAGGCCUCCUAACCCCACCUGACCGCACGCUUACCUGGGUCGACACGGUUCCACACAGUACCAAGGCCUCCUAACCCAACCUGACUGUACUGGGAGCCGUGUUGACACCUUUCCACACAGCGCCAAGGCCUCCUAACCCCACCUGACCGCUCCCUCACCUGGGUUGACACCUUUCCUCACAGCACCAAGGCCUCCUAACCCCACCUGGGUCAACACUUUUUCACGCCACACCAAGGUCUCCUAACCCAAAUUGACUGCACUCUGAGACUUGGUGGUCUGUGAGUCAUCUUUCCAGCCUGAUGUAAGGCCCUGUUUUCCCCAUCUGCCACAAACACGCCCCACCCUGUCCUUAGGGGCCUCAGUCACUCACAUAUUCACAGUUUGCUCUCGUAGAGACACAGAAACCUCGCAGAAUGUAAACAGCUGGGCCAGUAAUCACUGAAUGAAUGGAAGAACAAAGACUCCAUUUACCUUUAUAUCUCCCCCGCCCCCCAGUACCGAGGCUGCGUCCAAAUUUAUGUCACACGCAGUGCAGAUGGUGAUAUAUGAAGGCUUAACUCUUUGACAGGGAAAAUUAAUGGCUUCAGUUUGAUCUUAUCCAGUUAGCUGUGCAUUUAGAGGCGUUUGUGGGGGUUUAGAGUUCAACCUUAGGACCACCCCAGCUCAGAUACGUUUCAGCAAAGCUUGUGACACGAACACAACGGUGGCUAACUGAAGCUGUCUGAGGCUGACUGAAGCUGACUGAGUAGAAUUUAAACUGCGUGAGGCUGAAGCUGAUUGAGGUGGGCUGCUGAGGCUGACUAGGGCUGUCUAUAGCCUGCUUCAUUUAUUCAGAGAUCUGAAUUUAUUUUGCCUUUUGCGAUUGGGAUUUCUUCACUUAAGUUUUGUUAAAAAGUUUUUUUUGAUGGCACACCAGUCAGGAAACACAGAACUAAUCACCCCAGGUGCUUAAAGGUGUGCUCCCCUCCACAGUACGGGGUCCAGCCCGAGCACACAUGCCGAGAGGAAGCGAAGACAAAACAGAAGACAAAACAAAACCAACGGCGCUGAAAAGCUAAGGGGCUGCUCAGCUAGAAAGCAGAGUGACUAAAAGCUUCUGCUGUGUCAGUUUCCUCCUGUUUGCGUUGUUUUAGUUUGUUUUAGGUUAGCAUUUACGCCAAAAACCCAUGAGGGGGAAGGGUGAAACAAUUUGUUUACUUCUUUUCGUGUUGGUAUGGGGGUGUGGGUGGGGAGUGUGCUUUCUCUCUCUCUCUCUCCAUGUGGUAAAUUACAGUGCAAGCCUGGAACUGCCACAUUUCCCUGGGGGUGAGGGGGGGGGGGGUGCAUAUGGUGUGUGCCACUUGUAAACAGAUUUGCAGACUGCAUUAGCUUUGCUGUUAUGUACCUUCUUCCACAGCGUCGGGAAUGGUGCCAUCGUUACUCUGUUUUUCAGGGUGCUCUAAAGGCACCGGCUCGUUUGACCCGAGCUGUACCCCCCCCCCCCCCCCCCCCCCCCAAUCUGAGCGUAGCCGCUUCUGCAUGAUGCCCUGCUGGCCCCUGGAAACUCAGGGACCCAAAAUACCGCCAUCAGCCUUGCCAGGUCAGAAACCUUUCCAGGCCCUGUGGGCCUGUCCGCAAAGGUCAGAAAUGAGCCUUAGAAUCCCUGUCCCCCACUGCUGCAGUCAUUUUUAGACAAGAGGAAUCUGCAUUUCAUCUGUUUAACUAAGUUGAAACAGUCCUGCCAAUCAGACCUGGGUCAAAUACAUAUUUGUUUUGGAGUCAAAUACUUUUCUGUGCUCUAUUGAUCUUGCCUGGUGUAAUUGAGCCUGCCAAUAUGACCAGAAGGCAGGGUAUGCAAUUUUGUAUUUCAUUGGUUUCAAUACACCAGACAAGAUCAGUAAAGCGUAGAAAAGUAUUUGAAACCAAAACAAGUAUGUAUUUGACCAAGGGCUGCUGCAAAUGGUCAAAUGUCUUGUUUUGCUUUUAUGAGAAGUUGUUAUUGGGACAUAUUUGUUUGCGUUCAGCAAUUAUACAGAGAAUUUUUCCUGUGUGGAAUUCCAUAAAUAUAUUGCACCUUAUGAAAUGA